AUGAGUAAAAAUGAGAUCAUACAGGAAGGCAAGUCAUUGACGAUCAGUAAAUCGUUCCUUUUUCCUUCUAAUGCAGCAGCAGUACCGCAGCCACAGCCGACGGGACCGCCAGUUUCUCCAGAGCCAGCUCCUAGGCCCUUGCACGCGGUGUUGUCUGGAAGCAGUGUGACGCUUGUUCCUCUGGGUCACGAUCACGCUGCGGAUCUGUUUGAUGCUGUUGGCGGCGAGGAAAAGCGUUCGCUCUGGACGUAUAUGGGAGAUGGGCCCUAUGUGUCCAGAGCAGAGUUCGAGGAAGCUAUACUCGCCAAGUCGAAGUCUGAUGAUCCUUUGUUCUUCGCCAUCAUCAAUACCGAGACACAAAAGGCCAUUGGUUACGCGACAUUAAUGCGUAUAGAUACGAAAUCUCGAUCCGUCGAAGUUGGAAACAUCAUGUUCUCGCCCUUACUGCAGCGCACCAAAGCAGCCACAGAGGCCAUGUAUCUGUUGGCGAAACAUGUUUUCGUUGACUUGGGUUAUCGUCGAUAUGAAUGGAAGUGCGACAAUCUCAAUGGUCCUUCGAAACGAGCUGCAUUGCGAUUUGGUUUCACGUUCGAAGGGAUAUUCAGACAGCAUAUGAUCUACAAAAGUCGCAGCCGUGAUACUGCGUGGUUUUCUAUUAUUGAUACAGAGUGGCCGGUGGUGCGUCGUGCAUUUGAGGCAUGGUUAGCGGAUACAAAUUUCGAUGAGCAUGGACGACAAAAACAGAGAUUGGACGACCUUAGAGAAGAGCUACAGGGUCAAGGAGGACCAGUUGUCUUACAGACUGAUUGA